AUGCGUUUUAGCUUUGACGAACUUUACGCAGCUGAGACACCUGAAACAGCAUUGGAUGAGGAUGAGUAUUCAUUGAUAGGCAGUGGUGAUGAAGGUAUACCACAGUUGCGCCUACCGCGACGUAAAAAUGUGGUCACAACGACUAAAGCUGUGGAUGAAGAUUUGCUGGACCCGGAUUUAGAGCAAUUGUUCGCUAGGUUGGAUCUAACGGCCAAACUUCCAGGAGCACGAGUUUUGAAGAGCAUUCCAUGGAACAAGACGAUGCGUGCUGAAGAGUGCGCCGAAAAGCAGUUUGAGUUGUCUGCACAGGAAAAACCUUCGCGGCGAAGGACUGCUGAGGUUAGUCGCGAGUUUUCCUUAUUGCACACUACAGUAGCCAACAGCAUUAUGAACAAGCUUGAGGCCUUGCAGAAUGAAAAUGGCCAUCAAGUGCAACGUGUGAAAGAGGAGAAGCUUCGUCUUCGUGAGGAAAAGCGGAGGCAGGAAGAGGAACUGAGGCGGCAAGAGGAGGAGCGAAGAAAGCAGGAGGAAGAUAAGCGUCGCCAGCUAGAAGAACAAGCUCGCCGACAGCGCGAGGGGGAAGAAGAAAGACGAAUCAAGGCUGAGCAAGAAGAGAAGAAAGCACGGGAAGAGCGUGAGCGUCUCGAACAGGAAAAGAAGAAGCAGGAGGCUCUGGAAGCCGCACGUAGAGCUCAAGAAGAGGCAGCCAAGGGAAAUGGAAUCACGAACCAUCAUCAGAUCGAACGUUCUUUUAACCACUACAAGCACAAGAUCAAGCAUAUUAAAACUGACGUAGUCGAGGCGGUGAAAAGGGACUCGAAUCUUAAAGCGAUACUUUCCAAACACAAACGCCGGAUAAACCCCAAAUUCGGCCAGCUCACAAAUAGCGAACAACAUUUAGGAUCGAUUGUCGCAGAGCUGACUUCUCUGGUGGAUCAAGCGAAGCCCAACGCUCUCGGAUACCAAUGGAUUUUGAAUUUCCUGGCAAAAGCUCUCGUAUCGCAGGCCGAGACCGAGGUUCGGGUAAAACCUGAAAGUGCACUGCCACUAGCAAAGCUGGCAUUACAUCUGUUAACACGCUACGACGAGCUGUUAGAACUGCUGAUGGCCCGGUUCGUUAAAAAAUGCCCUUUUGUGAUCGGAUACACCUGCAAAAUCGAUUCGGAAGAGGGACGGUACAAGAUGGGGUGGAAACGUGGUCAGGACAAUACCUGGGAAGAUGAAACGUCUUAUGACGAGCGUAUGGGGGGGAUUGCAACGUUGUAUGCCACCAUAACCCGACUUCCAUUACCCCAAGAAUUCAUAACGUCUCACAAGCAUCCUCUGCCCCUGAGCAAUUCCUGGAAGCUGCUGGCUCGACUCGCCAACUCGCCCACAGACCUGUUAACCAACACUCAUUUUGUAGUUUUAGGAUCUUGGUGGGAUGCUGCAGCUGCUCAGUUGCUACAAGCAUAUGGCAGACAAGCCCACAAGUUGCUGGUUUUACUAUCCCAAAAUUUAACCCAAUCUGUCGCAGAACGAAAGUACGUAGGUGCUGCCAGAUUGAGGAUUCUUUUCGAAGAGUACGAGACAUCGGGAACCAUCAAAAGUUUCCCAGAGAUGACCGCUUAG